UUUGAAACAUAUUUGGCCACUUUACACUGUUUUACUUGGUCCUUCGUGUUAAUUCUGUGGUGGUGGUGGCGGCAGCGGGAGUAGGAGCAGGGCUGUGAGUGCGGUUCUUUCGCCGUGGACGGGACCGGAGAUGGCGGAGUACAGUCAGACCGGUAUAUUAACGGCCCUGCUGCUGUUUACUGUGGUAACCGUGAGGGAUAUUUAUGUGGGCCGCAGCAGCAUGACUCAACAGGACAGCGCUGGACCCGAUACACACACACAGAGACAGAAUAAACACACAUUCUACACGGGUCCGGUUCUUAAGUUCCAGUUCUGUAUAUCCUGAGGGUACAGUAAGGUGUUCCAGGAGUACUCCCGGUCCAUCAGCCAGCUGUACCCGGACAUCCGAAUUGAAGGAGAGAAUUACCCUCCCAAACCCAUGAACAAAUACAUUGGAAAUUUCAUCUCCUAUUUCAAACUGCUUGCCAUCGCCUUGAUUGUGACUGGACAAAAUCCUUUUCAAAUGUUCGGUAUGAACACUCCAAGAAUAUGGUCCUGGGGACAGGAGAACAAGAUUUUCUCCUGCCUCAUGGCAUUCUUCAUUAGUAACAUGUUGGAGACUCAUUUUCUCUCGACAGGAGCUUUUGAGGUUUCAUUGAAUGAUGUACCAAUUUGGUCCAAGUUGCAAUCAGGAUAUGUGCCCAAUAUUCAGGAGCUUUUCCAGAUCUUGGAUAACCACCUUAAGAUGAAUCAGGUCGACAAGAUGACCUUUCCCUCACCGUAGUGCUGUUGUUCUUGCCAAGAGACAGGUCUCCGGAGCCGUUUCUCUGGUCAGCAGGACUGUGGACUGUGGCAUAAUGAAGGCCUGUGUUGCAAACAGCAUGCUGUUAGCACAGGCUCGAUGCUCGGCCACCACACACACUCUUUCUGCCCAGCGACACGCACCUUCGGAUCGACUACGUCUCUUCAGAGCGCCAGACUACGUGCAUUCAUAAUGUGAGAGUCACGUGUGAGCUAAAGGCACUACAGUUAAUUUUGAUGCUUUUUUUUUAUCAGGGUUCUGUUUGUAAAAAGUGCUUUCAGCUGAAAUUGAAUGGAAUGUUCCAUCUUUCUCAAGGGCAACUGUGAUGUUUUCUUAACGUAGACCUUUAACAUGAUAAUUUGUUUGCACUGGUGUAGACUGUGUACUGUACUGGGGGUAUUGGACUUUAAGUAGUGGGAAUGUAUGUGUACUGCAUAAACUUGCAGUUUUGUUAGAGUGAGCUAGAUGAUUUUUAUUUUUUUUUUAUGCUUGAAAUUGUAUAUGUCCUGUUUGUCACAGGUCUGCUGGUUAGAUUCAUAACUACAGCAUGUGCUUGUGGAGAGAAUUAAGGCCAGAUCUUCCUCUCUUCUGCUUAAACUUUAACUGUAUACAUUAGCACUGCCAGAGUAAUCUGUGGAAUCAGCGUAACUCUACAAAUCACUGCAGUCGUCUUAAUGGUGUGAUUGAGUGUUGCAUAUCAGAAGAUGUGAAUGGUAUUUUCAAAGACUUCCUCUAUUUUUCCAGCUCUCUCCAUAUAGAUGUGGCGGUAAGCAAUGCACCCCUUAUAUUUUAGUGUACCUCUCUCUGUGAAUUUGUAACAAAAGUGAUACUUAUAGUUGGGAUUAAGUUGCAUCGAGAGAAGAAAUUUUACUGUUUCACAGUGAUGUAAAAUAAACAUUUAAAAAAAAGUGAUUUGCGUAAUCUCUUUUCAUGCCACUGAUUAAAACUUGUUAAUGUACUG